AUGUUUGGCAAAAGCUGCCCUGUCGAUGCGCUGGGUAGAGAACUGGGCUGCGACCCAAAGAAUUCUUGUAAUUCGCGAGGCUGGGAGGCAAAGAACGAUUGCUACUGCCGUCCCGACUACCAAAAGCCCGCGCAGCAAUAUCUCACGAGUUGCAUCAACUCCGGUUGCUCAGUGGGCAAUGCAGCCAUCGACGCCGCGACCGCCGGAUCAAUGUACAAUCAGUAUUGCCAGGGAAAGGGCUAUAUUGCCGCUGAUCCACUUCCUGCUACUGUCGAGGCUACAAUCACGGCGGCCGACGGCUCACUGCAUACGUCAACGAAGGUCUUCAACUCCGGUGCGACUGGCUCCAGCACCGGCUCAGACACAUCAUCAUCAAAAUCGAGUACGCUCUCACUCGCAACCAUCAUUGGUAUUGUUGUUGGAAGCCUAGCUGGGCUCGCGUUUCUUGGUAUCGCGAUCAAAACCUUCAUGAACUUCUGCGGGCCUUGUCUGAAGCGACAGCCUGCGCAGCCUCAACAUCAGCUUCCAUUCGCCGACAACAGCAGAAGCCAAGGGGCGGUGUAUCCGAUGCAGCCUUAUAACCAAGAAGGCUACUACCCGUCUCCACGUAUGGAGGAUGAACUCAAGCCCGACGAUUCGUUAUCAGUUGUUGGUGGAUUUGCAAGGCCUGCGCCUACUCUCGUCUCGGAUGGAGGGCCAGGACGCCGGUGGUAA